UUAAUGAUGUUUUGUUCCUUUUCUUCCAAUCCAUGGGUUUCAGGUGUCAAAGUGUGUGGAAUUAAGAUAGAGAAAAAAAAAAAGAGUGUGUGUGUGUGUGAGAUAGGGAGAAGGGAAGGAACCAACCAACCAGACCCUACACCGUUGACAAAAUUAGAGAGCGCGCGCGCCUGUGAUGCGUUGCGUUGCCUCAGAUCCAGGCAACUCAUGGUGGUGUGUGGAAAAGGGUGUCAUCUUUUUAGGGUUUCCUUGUGAUUCUUGAGACUUUACCUUUUGUGGGUUUCUUUCUCAUGAUCUAUUUCUUCUUUCUUGUGUUUAGAGAUAAGGGGUGCUUUUGUUUUUGAAAUUUGUUUCCUUUUAACUGGUGGGGUUUAGUAUUUGUGAGUGCAAUAUGUUUUUGUGCAGAUAAAGUUUGGUGUUUUGUUUUAAUGUUUUUCAGGAUGUUUCUCUCUCACUAGAGUUGACAGAGGUUGAUGAAGUUGGUAAUGCUUGAGAAGGGUGUAGCAAUUGGCAUAGCUUUUUAUGAUUGAAAAAAAAUUCCAUAAAUGGAAGUUGGGAUCCUUUGAUGUUGACCAGAUCUGAGUACCCCAUUUCAUUUUCACCACCUUUUAGCUAGUUCAUGCCUUGCAUCGCCUGAAUUUGCCUCUUUUGUCUUAUAGGGCUCAUUAGGAAUGGAAAAUGCCACCCUUUCACAUUCUAAGAUCCUAUUCAAUCACAAAAGCAGGUGGCCAAUUAGUUGAAGUAUGACAGGUUUUGUGAUAUCAGAGCGGUGGGAGGGUAACUUUUUGUCCUACCUAGAUAGGGAUUUCAAUGGAGGAGAUGUCCUUUGUGGUUGCAGUGCCAUUAAGAGUAGGUAAUUGUAAUUCAGUCUGUGAUAAACCAACCAUAGCUACCCACAUGGAUGUAUCCAGAUUUAAGCUGAUGGCGGAUACAGGCCUUUUAUCUAAUUCUGCAACUAAGGUUUUCACCGAGACGGUUGCGGGUUCUGAGGAUUGUCAUGAUAGUGGCAAUUUGGAGGAUGAAGUUGGUAUUACUGAAGCAUGUGAUAGGGUAGUUGAGAGUCCUUUGUUGGAUAUGAUAUCCCAAAAUAGAAGUGCUUUGGUUGCUGGUGAUGAAGAGUUAACCAUGGAAAUUGAGGAGGAUUCGUUGUCAUUGGAAGGCGACCAUGUUGUUGAUAGCUCGUGUUCUCUUUCUGCAGUUAGUGAGAACAGUAGUGUGUGUGGAGAGGAGUCCUUUUGUUUUGAUGCUACUUCAGAUGUUGGGACACCGUGUUCUGCAUACGUAGAGAAGAGCAUCUGUGCUGCCAAUAUUGUUCCUGAGGUUGUUGACUUGGGGGAGUCAAAUGUUGCGACAGAUAUUAUGACUGAACCUCUUUCUGUGGCAGUGAGGCUUGAAGAAGAGACUGGUGUUAGAUCUGGCCCAAAGCCUUCUGCAGUUGUUCUUCAUCAGUUGCCUCAGGAAAAGGUGGUGAGUGGAACGGUUGGUAGAAGUGUUUUCGAAUUGGAUUAUACCCCACUUUAUGGAUUCAUAUCUCUGUGUGGAAGAAGACCAGAGAUGGAAGAUGCAGUUGCAACUGUACCUCGAUUUAUGAAAAUUCCUAUUCAAAUGCUAAUUGGUAAUCGGGUACUUGAUGGAAUGAACAAGUGUUUUAAUCAGCAGAUGACUCAUUUCUUUGGAGUCUAUGAUGGCCAUGGUGGCUCUCAGGUUGCAAAGUAUUGUCGUGAACAUAUCCAUUUGGCCUUGACUGAGGAAAUAGAAUUUGUCAAGGAAGGUCUAAUCAAUGGGAUUACUAAGGAUGAUUGCCAAGAUCAGUGGAAAAAAACUUUCACCAAUUGUUUCUUAAAGGUCGAUGCUGAAGUUGGAGGAAAAGUUAAUAAUGAACCUGUUGCCCCAGAAACUGUUGGCUCCACUGCUGUUGUUGCUGUUAUUUGUGCAUCUCAUAUCAUAGUUGCAAAUUGUGGUGAUUCAGGAGCGGUUCUAUGUCGUGGAAAAGAACCUAUGGCUUUAUCAGUGGACCAUAAACCUAACCGAGAUGAUGAAUAUGCAAGAAUUGAGGCAGCUGGAGGGAAGGUGAUUCAAUGGAAUGGUCAUCGUGUAUUUGGUGUUCUUGCAAUGUCAAGGUCUAUUGGUGAUAGAUAUCUGAAGCCGUGGAUCAUUCCGGAACCGGAGGUUACAUUUCUUCCCCGUACAAAAGACGAUGAGUGUCUUAUUCUGGCCAGUGAUGGUCUCUGGGACGUUAUGACGAACGAAGAGGUGUGUGAUCUUGCUAGGAGACGAAUACUUCUUUGGUACAAGAAAAAUGGCUUGGAACAACCCUCAUCAGAAAGGGGAGAUGGAACUGACCCUGCUGCACAAGCAGCAGCAGAGUUUCUAUCAAACCGCGCCCUCCAGAAAGGAAGCAAGGAUAACAUCACUGUGAUUGUGGUUGAUUUGAAACCCCAAAGAAAAUAUAAGAGCAAAACAUGAUGAUGAUGAUGAUCACAAUGAUAGCAAGCUUAAUAUAAUCCAAUAUAAUUUUGCCCUCAAAUUUUUCACCAGGGCAUUUCCCUUAGCUCAGCAAGAUUAGCACUAUGUACUAUAAUACAUAUUCACCUUCCCUAGAAAACUCUCAGCUAAUUAAGGGUCUCCUUGUUUACUAUGCUGCAUUGUAUUCAUUAUUAUUAUGCCUCCGAGUGCAAAUUAGGCUCAGUGAGGCAUUUACUUGAUAUUAUUUUAGCCUGUGUGUUGAUAAAGAAGCAGUAGCUAAUUGGCAAGAGUGACUUUCAAUGUGUGAUCCACUGUCACAGGUUUUACUGUUACCUGAUUCCUCCCCUCAAUUAUGCAGCAAAUCAAGAAAUUUGUGUCGGUGGUGGAUUCAUAUCAAUGGCCAUGAUCCAAGUCCAGUGAUGAUGGUGGGGGACAAGGGUGCCUAAGAAGAAUCACUGUUCCUUUAUUCUUUUUGGGGACUAUGAAUUGAAUGGUGUACCUGUGCAUAAUGUUGUCAGCAUGUUGUUACACGUAAUUCUGAAAGUAACUAGUUGUAAAUAGGCAUUUGGCUUAUCAAUUAAUUGGUGCACUCUGAUAUGCAUUCUUCUUUUAA